UCCCAUCGUGCCUUGCGGCGCAGUGUCAAACAUGGCACCCGUCUCGCGGACAAAAGGCGAAUCCGUCUGACGGUGGGCUGAAGCCCAAAUACAACCCAGAGAAAACGUUUUUUUCGGGGAAAAUUAACAUCAUACGAGUGCCCAGGCUCCAUUGAGGCAAUCUAUAAGACCGCAUGUUACAACUAUAAUCUAUGGAGGACUGUCUACUGGAAUAAGCAAGGAUGUUCCAGCAUUGUGAAGAGCCUCGCUUCACCAUCGAACAGAUCGACCUCCUACAGAGGCUCAGGAGGACAGGCAUCGGCCAGGCUGAUCUCCUCCAUGCCUUGGACACUUUGGAGCACCUGGAUCGUCCCCACAGGCACACCUCAAACCACCAAACCUCUUCCUACGCCCCGCCUUCGUCUUCCACUGUGGCCACUCAGACAGUCUUCUCCGAAAGCCGCCUAUCGCCGACUAGCUUUGAUGUCACUUUGCCUGUCGCCAUGGCAACGGUAGCACAGACCAACGGGAAGGUGUCGCCACUGACCAGAUUUCCUCUGGUGGGCGGUGGGGUGGUGGGCUUCGGGUUUGAGGCGGGCGAUGACGACGUAGAUGUGGAUGAGAAAGUGGAAGACUUGAUGAGGAGAGACAGCGGCGUCAUGAAGGAGGAGAUCAAGUGCUUCCUGGCCAGCAGGCGCAUCUCCCAGGCCGUGGUCGCACAGGUGACGGGAAUUAGUCAGAGCCGCAUUUCCCACUGGUUGCUGCAGCAAGGAUCCGACCUCAGCGAGCAGAAGAAACGAGCCUUCUUCAGAUGGUAUCAGCUGGAGAAGAGCAGCCCUGGUGCCACACUGGCCAUGCAUAACUCCCCACUGACUCUGGAGGACGUGGUGAUGGACUGGCAGCAGGCCCCGCCCACAUUCACGCCUGCCCCGGGGGGCUUUCGCCUGCGCCGGGGGAACAGAUUUACUUGGAGGAAAGAGUGUUUGGCCGUCAUGGAGAGCUACUUCAGUGACAAUCAAUAUCCUGACGAGGCGAGGAGGGAGGAGAUCUCCAUGGCCUGCAACGCCGUCAUUCAAAAACCAGGGAAAAAGCUUCUGGACUUUGAGAAGGUGACGUCUCUGAAGGUGUACAACUGGUUCGCCAACCGCCGCAAGGACAUCAAGAGGCGCGCCAACAUUGAAGCUGCCAUCUUGGAGAACCACAGCAUCGAUGUCCAGAGUCCUGGAGGUCAGUCCAAUGGCGAUGAGGCGGACGCCAACGACGAGCAGGUUCCCACGUUGCUGCCCAGCUGGAUGGCCGCCCUAAGCCGAGGGGGUGCGUCAGGGCCGCGGGGCUGCUCCCUGAACGGUCGCGCGCAGGCGUCGGGGCGUCGGCCGUCGUGGUCGCCGUCUUCGUCCCUCCAGGAUGAGCAGAGUAUGGAGAAGGGGGCUGCGGAUGGAGCGGGCGGGGCGGCCUCCGCCUUGGCCGAUCACAUCAAGACAGAGGUGGUGGAAGACGACUGAAAGGAGGUGACGUCAUCGUGUUUGUAUGCAAAUAUUUGAGCAAAACCCGGAUUACCUCCCACCACUUUCUGUCAGCCAACGUUAUGAUGAGAGUUCAUGAUGACUGAUGAGACGCUUGUCACACUGUGAUUUCAACGGUGUAGCCUCAAAAAUUCAUAUACACAAGCGUUUUGGGUUUUUUGGGGGCUAAUAUGGCAUUUUAGUGCAGAAUAAUUCCAUGCCAUAGAUGGCAAAACCAAACCAAACAAAAAAAAAAUAAAAAACAGAUUGUGUCAUGUGACCUGAAAAAUUGACGAUCAAAAUAACAAAAAUUAUGGAUGUCAAGAUAUACAAAUUGAAAAAAAAACAUGCUGUUAUGCAUGCUGUUCAAUUGCACAACAUAAGCAUCACUCCAGCAUUAUAAUUGUUCAUAAAUUAUUAGGAGGGAUCAUAAAGCUUCAAAUUUGCUUAAAACCUAUUGUAUUUUUUUACACCACGAGAGGGCACUGUUUGUUUAAAUUAAGUGGUUUUAAACAAAUGACAAGUGAACUUUGGGGCCAAUGUUGAAGACAGAGUGCCAUAAAGAGGAGUAAAAAAAAAAUACAAUAACUGGUUCAAGAAGCAAAUUUGAAGCGUCAUUUUCCCAUCACUACAAAUGAUGGCUUCAAAAUGUGUUUUUCAUCAAAUAAAAUGGCGGCGAGUGACGCUUUCCAAGAGCAAGAGCGGUUGAAAUGAUAAGCUAUGUCAAAUGUUGAUUAAUGUUCUGAUCAAUUCCAGUAAGUGUGUUUAGACGAGGGGCGUCACGAUAACCAAUGUGAAUUGGGGAGGCAGUUAUGAUUCAAAAGUUGUGAGUGCAAAGAAAGAAAACAGUUUU